ACACAGUGUUGCAAUUCACAGAGUGACUGGUUAGACGAGACACACUUCGCUGUAGAACUGAAUAUCAAAAUGGCGUCGGGAUCUGGUGUUUCAAAGAAUAUGGAGACGUGGAAAGCUAAACUGGAUAAACUGCUUCACGAGAAGAAUGUAGUUACAGACUUACUAGCAAAAUUAGAAGCAAAGACUGGCGUCAAAAGAUUAUAUUUUGCUAUAGGUUUCAUUGUGCUCGUUGCAUUAUAUUUAAUGAUUGGCUAUGGAGCCCAGUUUCUGUGUAAUUUCAUUGGCUUCUUAUAUCCAGCUUAUGCGUCAGUGAAAGCUGUAGAAAGUUCUCGUAAGGAUGAUGAUACUCAGUGGCUCACCUAUUGGGUGGUUUACAGUGCAUUCAGCUUAACAGAAUUUUUUGCAGACAUAUUCCUGUUCUGGAUACCAUUUUAUUGGUUCCUAAAGUGUGCAUUUUUGGUAUGGUGUAUGGCCCCUAUACCAAGCAAUGGCUCUGACAUGUUGUACAAGAAAUUCAUUCGGCCCUUUAUCCUCCGACAUCAGGAAAAAAUAGACAAAGCUCUUGAUGAGGCUAAAGAAACAAUCCAAGAAGUUUUUGGAUAUGCCAAGAAACAAAUUGGCGAGGCACGUGAAGCAGGAGAAGGUGCAUUAAAUGAAGAAGCAGUAAGAAGAGUGAUAAAUCAAGCUAAAGUGGAUUAAAAUCCAAGAAGCUGGAUGUAUACUGCUCAAAGCACAGACCUGUACCAUGACAGUUACUCUUAAACACAGAUACAGGAAGUGUACAGUACCAUCAUUAUUUUUUUUUUUAUAUAUUUUACACAUGCUAUUGCAUCCCUUACUAAAAUAAAACCCUGAUGUACCAAUUGAUUGAUGAUAGUAAACUGUCUGUGUCUCUUUGGUCUACAGUAUUCCAUUAUUGUGUGAAUGUUAAUAUCUUCUACAUAUUCGUCUCUUCAACCUUGUUGAUUGUAUGGAAUGUUUUACUUUUAGAAAUUAAGUUUUAUGGAAAAAGAUCAGCACAAGCAUAUAUGAAAUAUGAAUCUGAUUUAUGUUUAAGUAGGGUAAUGUUUUCAUCGUCUCGCCUCCCAAGUGUGGCUAAUGUUAAAUUUGUAAUAUGUAGUGAAUGAUUAUUGUAAAUAUUAAAUAUAAAAUAAGUUUAUUACUGUAAAUAUUAAAUAUUUUCUAAGUAAUUUCACGUUAUAUUAUAUAAAGCUUUCAGUUUGUUAAUGUUGGCUUCUGUUAAACACAUGCAUGUACAUGUACUGCCUUAUACAUAUUUAAAUUAUAAAUGUUAUACAAACAUAUGUAAAUUAUUUAUGGAAUUGAAAGUAAGCUAUUCAUGUUAUUUUAGUAGUAUCAAUGGGUUUAAACUUUUGUAGAUGGACAAAUAAUUUGAUUUACAAUCUCCCGAUUAAAAUUAUUUAUUUGAUAUUAAUUAAAUGGAGAAGGAAAAUUACAAAUUAAAUUUCAGACGGUUUUGACAUUAUCUUGAUGGACUAAUUAUUAUUAAUCAGUAUAUAUUUAUAAGGACAGUUAUGUUAAUCUUGGGUCAGUAGAUAUAUUAAGCUAAAUGAUAUAAAUGAAGAUAGUUCUUAGUAUUUGUAGACUCAGUUUCAUCUUGAAUUUCAUUACACCACUGUCUACAACAUAUUCCAUGGUGUCGGGUUCAUUCUUCUUCAAGUAGAGGUUUUACAUCUGCUUCCACCUAGGGUGAUAUCGCAUACAAUGGCGUGUUCAUAUCCAGAAUAAACUAAAGCGCCUGGUAUGACACGGAUGAAAAUUGUUCAGCUUGGUGUUGCAAUGGUGUUGAUUCAUUCAUUUAUUAUUCCCAUUUCAUUAUAUUAAUAAGUAAUUUUUAUGCACAUUAUAGAAGGUGAGUUAGAAUUAUAUCAGAUAGUUUUUUUCGUCUUUCAUUUGGAAAAAUUAUACCAAAUAUUAACAUUCAGGAGACAUGUAGAAUUAGUUCUGCACCUUAUUGAUUUUGGAAAUGAAAUUGUCAGGUUAAAGUAUAAUUAAUCUUAGUAUGAUUGUAUCAAACUAACAUAAUAGUAUAAUUUAUUUGGUGUAUGUUGUGGAGUCUUUUUUUCUUAUUUUGUCAUUAAAGAAUUCUCCUUUUA